UCUUCUUGGAUUGGUGUUUUGGCUUUCCUCCUUGCUAAUUCCCACUUGAUUCGACUCUCCGACGAGCUCCUCCUCUUGUGCUGCUGUCGUUUGCCCCCUGCUCUGCUCACCGGCGGCCUGCUUUGGCCCUGCUCUCUCGUGUUGUGCUGUUGCUGCUCUGCUCACGGCUUCAUCUCUCAGACUCGACAUCGCGAAUCCAGGAUACAACGCUGUAUACAAACGUAACGAUGGUGGAUUCAGAGUUUGCAUUUGAACCUCCAAGCGAUGAAGAAAUUGACUAUGAAGAUGUUAAUAGUGGCGCGGAUGAUGAAGAAGAAAACAGCGAUGUUGAAGAAAAAGGAAAAAAUCAUAAAAAAACACAAUCUCCAUGGGACUUUUCUUCAUAUACUGAAUCAGUUGCGGAGGAACAUGCUCGUCGAAGCACCACUUCUAUCGAUGAUAAAAUCUCGAAAAUCAUCCAACAACGUAGUCAUGCGGAUUUAAUACAAGAAAAAGACGAGGUUGAUGAAGAUGGCUCUACUGAUUCUGAACCAGACCGGCAAGAAGAUUUUAAGCCGGAAGAAGACGAUGAGGUUACUCCUACAGCAGGCGGUGGGGACAGUAAGCAGUUCUUUGCAAAGGCAGAUGGUGUUUCCUUUCAUGCUAAUUCCUUCAUGGAUCUCCACCUUUCCAGGCCAUUGCUUCGAGCUUGCGAAGCCUUAGGAUACACCAAGCCAACACCUAUUCAGGCAGCAUGUAUACCAUUGGCGCUGACUGGACGUGACAUAUGUGGUAGUGCAGUUACAGGCUCUGGGAAGACAGCUGCCUUUGCCUUGCCGACACUAGAGAGAUUAUUGUUUCGUCCAAAACAUAGACCUGCAAUAAGGGUCCUCAUCCUUACUCCUACAAGAGAGUUGGCGGUUCAGAUUCAUAGCAUGAUUGGAAAACUUGCACAAUUUAUUACGGACAUCAGAUGUUGCCUUGUUCUUGGUGGGCUCUCAACUAAGGUGCAAGAAGCAGCAUUGAGAUCCUUGCCAGAUAUUGUUGUGGCCACACCUGGACGUAUGAUAGAUCAUUUACGAAAUUCUAUGUCUGUGGAUUUGGAUGAUCUUGCUGUUCUAAUCCUUGACGAAGCAGAUCGUCUUCUUGAGCUUGGAUUUGACGCCGAGAUUCGUGAGCUGGUGAGACUUUGUCCCAAGCGUAGACAGACUAUGCUGUUUUCAGCUACUAUGACCGAGCAAGUUGACGAGCUUAUCAAACUAUUGCUGAACAAACCCUUGCGUCUUUCUGCUGAUCCAACUACAAAGCGCCCAUCGACCUUAACAGAGGAGGUUGUUAGGAUACGGAGGAUGCGGGAAGGAAAUCAAGAGGCUGUCCUCCUUGCGUUGUGUUCUAAGACAUUUACAUCAAAAGUGAUUAUAUUCAGUGGGACAAAACAAGCGGCACACAGGCUGAAGAUUUUAUUUGGUUUAGCUGGCUUCAAAGCUGCUGAGCUUCACGGAAAUCUCACCCAGGCUCAACGUCUAGAUGCUUUGGAACUAUUCAGAAGGCAGGAAGUGGAUUUUUUGAUAGCAACUAACGUGGCUGCUCGUGGGCUUGAUAUUAUUGGAGUACAAACAGUUAUCAACUAUGAGUGCCCACGGGAUCUUACUAGUUAUGUUCAUCGAGUGGGUCGGACUGCUAGAGCUGGUAGAGCAGGAUAUGCUGUUACUUUUGUCACCGAUAAUGACCGGUCCCUCCUGAAAGCCAUUGUAAAAAGAGCUGGUUCAAAGCUGAAGAGUCGUAUUGUUGCUGAGCAAUCAAUAACUAAAUGGAGUCAAAUAAUUGAGCAAAUGGAGGAUCAAGUAGCAUUAGUUCUUAGAGAGGAGAGGGAAGAAAUGGCACUAAGAAAGGCUGAAAUGGAAGCCGAUAAGGCAGAGAAUAUGAUUACACACAGAGAUGAAAUAUUUUCUCGUCCCAAGAGAACUUGGUUUGUUACAGAGAAGGAGAAAAAACUUGUCGCUAAUGCUGGGAAGGAGAACGGCAAAGGUUCUAAAAAGCAGGUCAUGAGUGCUGAAGAAGCUGAAGAGCGUAAGAAGAAAGAAAAGAAAAAGCGAGAGCAUGAGAAAAAUCUUCCUAGAAAGAAAAGAAGGAAGCUUGAAGCAUCUAGAGAGAUGCUGGAGGAUGAAGCAGAAACUGGGGGAGAUACUAGAAACAAGAAAGAGAAAUCUGGAAUUUCUCUUGUUGAUCUGGCUUAUCGGCGUGCAAAAGCAGCAAAGGGUGCUAAAAAGGCAGCUGAUGCUGGUAAGACCGUGAGAACAGGGAAGAGAACAAAGAAGCCUUCCCAUUCAACUAAAUCAAGACCAGAAGAGAUGAAGGAACUAUUCCAGAGCGAUAUGAGCGAGAAGAAGCAAAAAAGAAGCGCCCAAGGAGGUGGGAAGAAGUCAUCAUCGUUUAAGAGCAAAUCAAGGUACAAGCGGAGAUAGUUACGUUUUGCUUCGCUUGGCGUCGACUCUGAUGUGAGCAUCAACUCAUUUGGUGCCAAAAGUUUUGGUGUUGCUGGUUAAAUGUAGUUGGGAUAUUGGAAGGUUUGAGAAACUGAUUUUGUACCACCAAUCUAGUGUGGGAAUUUAAGAUCUAAAAUUGGCUCCUGUUUUUAUUUAAUUACAUUGAAACCCUACAUCUUUGUAAAUUGAAUAUUUGAAGACGAGCGAAA